AUGCGGGCCACACUCAACUUCAUCUUGGCUCUGCCGCUUGUAUUGGCCCUUCCUACCAUCGACAGGAGACAGGAUGCUGGCGUCCAACGUAUCGCCGACUCCUGGAUUGUUGAGCUGGAAGACGAUGCAGACCUCGCCGCGACAUUGAAAAAGGUCUCAGAAGAGACUGGAGUUGAGGCUAAGAGUAAAUACACCAUUGGUGGCUUCCAGGGUUUCGCAUUUGAUGGCGAUGAUUCCGUUGUUGAUGCUCUCGCCGAGAUGGGCGCUCUCAAGCGCAUCGAAGCUGAUGUUGUUGUCGAGGCUUACGCUCCGGUUGUUGACAAACGCGCACUCGUAACUCAGAGUCCUUCAACAUGGGGCACUGCUCGUAUUUCUAGCCGUACUCCCGGCGGUAGCAGCUACGUUUAUGACAACACUGCCGGGGCUGGUACCCGUAUCUAUGUCAUUGAUACUGGCAUCAACUCCGCACACCAAGAUUUCGGCGGUCGAGCUAUUCAGGGAGCCAACUUCGUGACCGGCGAGUCCAUUACAGACGGCAACGGCCACGGUACUCAUUGCUCUGGUACUGCUGCUGGCACGACUUACGGUGUGGCCAAGCGUGCUACUGUCGUCGGUGUCAAGGUCCUUGGUAACGCAGGCAGUGGAUCUCUGUCUGGGAUUUUGAAUGGCAUCAACUGGGCCUUGAGCAACGCGCGCAGCACCGUCGGUAUCAGCCGUGCUGUUCUGUCCCUAUCUCUCGGCUCUCCAUUCUCUCAGUCCUCCAACAAUGCCGUCGCGCAAGCCGUCGCGGCCGGUGCGUUUGUCACUGUGGCUGCUGGCAACAACAACGCCAAUGCCGCCAACUACAGUCCUGCUUCUGAGCCAUCAGCUUGCACCGUUGGUGCCACUGACAUCAACGACAACCGCUCGUCAUUCUCCAACUACGGAUCUCUUGUCGACAUCUUCGCUCCAGGCACUAGCAUCCAGUCCACCUGGAUCGGCUCGACUACCGCUGUCAACACCAUCUCUGGGACCUCCAUGGCUACACCUCACAUUGCUGGUCUUGCUGCUUACCUCAUCGGCCUUGAGGGAACUCGUUCCCCAGCUGCCCUCUGUCAGCGCAUCAAGGACCUUGCGGUCAAGAACGUCAUCGCGAAUGUGGGCUCAGGAUCCCCCAACGCACUUGCGUACAACGGCAAUGGCCGUUAA